AACAAGAAACCGUUGAAACAACUCCGAAAUUCACACCGGAAGAAAUUGAAAAAUUAGUUGAAUUGGCUAAUUCUUAUAAAGUAACAGGAAAUGAAUAUUUUGCUAAGAUGAAAUACGAUGAAGCUAUUGUACAAUAUGAAAAGGCUUUAGAUACCUGUCCGGACGAAAGGAAAGACGAACGAGCUAUUUAUUGGGGAAAUCUUGGAGCAUAUUCUCCAACAUAUACGAAGGCUUUAUUACGUAGAGCCCAAUCUAAUGAAAAACUUAAUACCUUUUCAUCAUUAACAUCCGCACUUGAAGAUUACAAAACAUUACAAUCAACAUCUUCUCAUUACUCAACCUUAAACUCACAAACCCGUAAACAAGUGAACACUUCAAUUCAACGUUUACCUCCACAAAUUUCCAUACUACAAGAAAAAGAAAAAAAUGAAAUGAUUGAUAAAUUAAAAGAUAUAGGAGACAAGUUUCUAGGCAAUUUUGGAUUAUCAACUAAGAAUUUUAAAAUGGUGCAAGAUCCAAAUAGUGGUGGUUAUAACGUUCAGUUUGUUAAUAAUACCGAGAAAAGCAAUGAUCAAAGAAAUGAAGGAAAUAGUGAGUCAGGGUCGUGA